AUGUGGAGGCUGAAAAUUGCUGAGGGAGGUAAUGAGCCAUACUUGUACAGCACCAACAAUUAUGUUGGGAGACAGAUUUGGGAAUUUGAUUCCGAAGCUGGAACUCCCGAAGAGCUAGCUAAGGUCGAAGCAGCUCGCGAGAAUUUCUACAAAACUCGGAAUCAAGUAAGGGUUUGUGGCGAUCUUCUUUGGCGUAUGCAGUUUCUUAAGGAGAAAAACUUCAAGCAGACAAUACCAGCAGUGAAGGUUGAAGAUGAUGAAGAAAUCACAUAUGAGAAGGCCACAGCCUCCUUAAGAAGGGCUGUUCACUACUUUGGGGCCUUGCAGGCACACGACGGCCAUUGGCCAGCAGAAAAUGCUGGCCCAUUGUUCUUCCUCCCUCCCUUGGUAAUGUGUAUGUACAUCACAGGAUCUCUAGAUGUUGUAUUCCCCAAUCAGCAUCGUAAAGAAAUCCUUCGCUACUUAUACAAUCAUCAGAAUGAAGAUGGUGGAUGGGGCUUGCACAUAGAGAGUGACAGCACAAUGUUCUGCACAUGCCUAAGCUAUAUAUGCAUGCGAAUUAUGGGUGAAGGACCUGAAGGUGGUAGGAAUAAUGCCUGUGCAAGGGCUCGGAAAUGGAUUCAUGACCAUGGUGGUGUCACGUACAUACCUUCUUGGGGGAAGAUUUGGCUUUCGAUUAUUGGUUUGUUCAAUUGGUCUGGGACGAACCCAAUGCCUCCAGAGUUCUGGCUCCUCCCUUCUUUUCUCCCAAUGCAUCCAGCAAAAAUGUGGUGUUAUUGUCGAUUGGUUUAUAUGCCAAUGUCAUAUUUAUACGGGAAGAGAUUCGUGGGUCCGAUCACUCCACUGAUUUUAGAAAUGAGAGAUGAACUCUAUAGUACUAAUCAACCUUACAACAAAAUUAAGUGGAGAAAAGUUCGUCAUUUAUGUGCAAAGGAGGAUUUAUACUACCCUCAUCCUUUGAUACAAGACUUGUUGUGGGAUGGCUUGUAUGUGCUUAUGGAGCCUGUUCUCAGUCGUUGGCCUCUAAACAAGUUGAUUAGAGAUCAUGCUCUUGCAGUAACAAUGAAGCACAUCCAUUAUGACGAUGAAAACAGUCGAUAUAUAACCAUUGCAAGUAUUGAAAAGUCGCUAUGCAUGCUUGCAUGCUGGGUUGAUGAUCCAGAUGGGGAAGCUUUCAGAAAGCAUCUCGCGAGGAUCCCGGAUUACUUGUGGGUUGCAGAAGAUGGAAUGAAAAUGCAGACUUCUGGUAGUCAAGUGUGGGAUGCAGGGCUCGCCAUUCAAGCGUUGCUUGCCACCAAUCUUACCGAUGAAAUUGGACAUAUGCUUACAAGAGGACAUGACUUCCUAAAGAAAUCUCAGGUCAGAGACAAUCCUUCUGGUGACUUCAAGAGCAUGCACAGGCAUAUUUCUAAGGGAUCUUGGACUUUCUCUGACCAAGACCAUGGAUGGCAAGUCUCUGAUUGCACUGCUGAAGCUUUGAAGUGCUGUUUGCUAUUCUCAACAAUGCCACCAGAAAUUGUUGGUGAGAAGAUGGAGGCCGAGAGAUUAUUUGAUGCUGUCAAUGUCUUGCUUUCUCUUCAAAGUAAAAAUGGAGGUGUGUCAAGCUGGGAACCAGCAGGGGCUCCAGAUUGGUUGGAAUUGCUGAAUCCCACCGAGUUUUUCGAGGACGUUGUUGUUGAACACGAAUACGCUGAGUGCACCUCAUCAGCAAUGCAAGCCUUAGUGCUGUUCAAGAAGUUGUAUCCUCAGCAUAGGCAAAACGAGAUUGAAAUGUUCAUUGAACAUGCUGUGAAAUACGUAGAGAAUGUGCAAACGCCUGAUGGUUCCUGGUAUGGAAAUUGGGGAAUUUGCUUCAUAUAUGGUACAUGGUUUGCACUCGUAGGGCUAGCAGCUGCUGGUAGGACAUACUACAAUUGUUCCGCUAUACGAAGAGGUGUCGAUUUCCUUAUUGGGACUCAAGGCGACGAUGGCUGCUGGGGUGAGAGCUAUCUGUCAUCUCCGCAAAAGAGAUACAUCCCUCUCGAUGGUGGCCGAUCGAACAUAGUACAAACAUCAUGGGCUACGCUGGGUUUGCUCUACUCUGGCCAGGCAGAAAGAGACCCGAUACCUCUUCAUCGUGCUGUGAAAUUGAUAAUCAACUCUCAAUUGGAGAAUGGUGAUUUCCCACAACAGGAAUGCACUGGUACCUCCAUAAAGACCUGCGUGAUACACUAUGCUACUUAUAGGAAUACCUUUACAUUGUGGGCACUUGCAGAGUAUCGAAAGAGAGUCCUCUACAAUCAAUUAAUAUAGUACUGUAGCUUAUGGAAAACAAUUAAUUAUGUGUUAUUGCUUUCUAAUUUUCUUUGGGACUUUUGGGUUUGUAAUUGUAUGUCAGCAUGCCACAUCACCACUAGGAUGGCUGAGACACUUGGGUUACGUUUGAUUGGCAUAGGAAAUGGGAAUGGGAAUGACCAUUAUAAUAAUGUGUUUGGU